GUAAUUUUCGGCAAGAAACAGAGGCCCGUUUGUUGAAACAACCAAAGCAUCGUGGAGGGGUCUUAAGUUUUAGGCGGUGAUCACCGGAUACUUUGGAACUGAGAAAUGGAGAAAGCUUUGAGAAUCUACGCAGAGGUUCUGAGAUUGGUGAGGCGGUUGCCGGAGGACACGAGGCCUUACUACGCCAAGUACGCGCGCGAAAACUUCGUGAAUUACAGAGAGGUCGAGGCCGGCGAUGACCAAGCCCUCCACGAGCUCUUCCACAGGGCAUACAAGCAUUCGCUCUGGGUCCUGAACAAGUACUCUGUGGAUGAAUCUGUGGCGGACAAGUUGAAGAAGAUCUGCUCCGCUUAGUGCGCCUGCCAAGUGUUCGUCAAAAUGCCCCAGAGGGUUCUUAGCCACUUGCUUCUUUUGCAAACAUGAGUGUUGUUUUGUUGAUUGUUUGACAGAGCCAAGGAUUUUUACUCAAUGAUGUUUUAAUUUUGUCUGUGAAAGAGAUUGUAAACUACUUGAGUUUUGUAACAAAAGGAUAAUAAUUUUAAAAAUAAAUAAUUUGGUUGGAUCCCC